AGUCAACGAGUCCACAUGCCGAGGUACAGGGACCGUCACAACUCCACGACUCAAAAUAUAAUGAACAGGCGCAUGCGUCUUGCGCUCUCAUUGAAACCUGGCGCCGACUUCAUCCUUCAUCCUAUUUCAUUUUUCAACGUACUUCCGUACUCCUCAAUACAAUAACAGGGCAACGACCGAGCCGAGACCUGACCGUUCCGUAUCAUAUCAUCCGACAUGGCCCCGCCUGCCGGGCGCUCGGCCAUCUCGGCCAGCCCCCGAGUGCACGCCCUGCUCGCGCGCCUGCACGCGGCUUCCGAGGCGCAAGAGAAGUCGCUCUCGCAGAUCUGGUUCUACCUCAAGCGCCUCAUCUCCUUCUACCUCUUCCGGACCCCCUGGGCCGCGAGCGCCGACGACCACAUGCGCGACAAGUUCGUCGCCCUCGAGGAGGAUAAGUGCCACUUCAUGUACCUGCUCGCCCGCAGCUCGGGCGCCCUGAACAUCGUCGAGGCCGGCACCAGCUUCGGCGUCUCCACCAUCUACCUGGCGCUGGCGGUCGGGCAGAACGUGGCCGACCAGAGGGCCCAAGGGAAGACCGUCACUGGCAGGGUCAUCGCCACCGAAAAGGAGCCCACUAAGGCUGCACGGGCGAGGGAACACUGGGCCGAGGCCGGCGACGAGGUCGCCGGCGUCAUCGAGCUGCGCGAGGGGGACCUGCUGGAGACGCUCAAGAUGGACGGGAUGCCGGAGCAGGUCGAUUUCCUGCUGCUCGACAUCUGGACGCCGUUGGCGCUCCCCACCCUCAAGAUCAUCCAGCCGCGCCUGAGGAAGGGGGCUGUGGUUCUCGCCGACAACACGAAGAUGGCCCGGCCGCUGUACAAAGAGUACCUCGACUACAUCCACGACCCCGCGAACAGCUUCAAGACCACCGAGGUGCCCUACUCUGGAGGCCUGCAGAUGUCCGUGUACCUUCCCGACGCCAGCGUAUAGGGUGUCACGCUCGGCUCCUUCUGUAUAGCCCGCGAUGCAGGCCAAAAAGAGAUCACGGAGGUGAUGCGAGUCCACGGGUGUGUCGCUUGCAACCAGAGAGUUCAUGGAGACGGAAAUUGCCCGCGCAAGAUUAAAACACAAAAUUGGGCUGCCUCCAUUCCGUAAUAUAUAUAUAGGUACAUACCUGAGUCAAUUCGCCUCAACAAGGUGGAAUCUCAUUUCCGCCCCAUACGUAAGAUACGUGGCCGACGC